AGACGUUUCUCUCUGAGAAAGCAGCACAACACUUUUGUGUCCUGACGGUCUCGUCACACACCUCGGUUGUCUGUUGGGAGUCACGGCGGACGCCUUCAUGUUUCUGAGCACAUAGCCUGUUGACCUCCCGGAAACCGUGGACAGGCCGAGCGGACUGGGGUGCUGGACAGCUGGUUGCUUCGAUGACAGCCAUGUCGGCCGCCUGGAUCCCUGUGCUGUCCCUGCUGCAGCUGGCCCACUGUGCUGUCACCUCCAGGCACGCUCGAGCAGAGCCCGUGUUGCUGGACGAGCAGUCGGCCGCCUCCUUCCUGUCCCGCUCGCUGCUCUACAACAACUGGGACUUUGAGCUGCUGGUGUCUGGCAACCUGGAGAGGGAGUGUUGGGAAGAGCUGUGCAACAAGGAGGAGGUCCGAGAGGUGUACGAGGACGACGCUCAAACGGCAAAGUUCUGGGCAGAAUACGUCAACAGUCAUGAGCAUACUACCGGAUUGGACGUGUCGGGCCUGGGGGCCGGGGUCAUAGCUGUCUUGGUGUGUGCCGUCAUUGCCACUGUGCUGGGAAUCUACUGCUACAAAGCCAAGAACAAAGAUGGGCGGACGCCGGCCCAAGCUCCAGUGAGGAUGGCCGCCGACGGCCGCCCAGUCCCAGAGAUGGUGCCACUUGCUGGGAUCGCUGUUCCGGCUCUACCCAGCUACAAUGAGGCUCUGAACCGCAGUGGUGUGCAUGACGCUCCACCGCCACCUUAUUCAGGGGGGGCGCCAUCAGAGCAGGCUGAUCCCGGAGACGAUGAAUGAGAGGGGUUGACGGAGGCACAGCCUCUUCUUCUCGGUGAUGGGAACUCGUGGUUUAACACGUUUAUAUAUAUAUAUAUAUAUAUAUAUAUAUAUAUAUAUAUAUAUAUGUGAUGAAGUAUUACAGUACAGUAGUGAGAUAUUACAGGAUGAAAUAUUUGCUGCUCACUAGUCUGUCUCUACAGAUGCGAAGAGGGCGGGGCUAGUGUUUGUGCUUUUACCUCACACCCAACUGCGUUACGUUUGCGGGGUAUAAGGAAGAAAAAAAAAUACAAUUCAUAGAGAAUGAUGGUUUCAUACAAUAAAUCACGUUAAAAAAACAA